UUCAAAUACCAUUCGAUGUUACUACCAAAUUAAACCUUCAUCGCCUGCCGACUUGGGUAUUGUUACAUAUUGAUUAAAUUAGCUCGUGUAGCAAAAUCCGCCAAAAGUCUUACUGUACCCGGCAUAGCAGAGGCAUUCUCACUGGCGAAUACUGAGAUACCGGACGUACCCAACCUCAGUUCGUAGAGGCGGAAAAUUGGCCGGACGCGACACAGAGCGACACAGUUAGAACUUAGUCAGAAGAUACCGGAUGUCGCAUACAGAUUUCCAGUAGACUUCGGAAGUAACGGACAAACAUGUGUUUCGAUGAACCUGGAGGAGAAAAAUACAUCCAAUACUGCUGGAUGAGUUACACUUGUUAAAGACAGGCAGAGCUACUUGGAAUAAGUGGUUAUGAGAAUGUACGUGUUGCUCUGUCCUUUCCUGUCACUGUUCAUCCCAAGAGCCACGGCUAGUGUGCCUACAUUUGAACGCGAGAGUACAUGGGCAUUGAUAGGAUCUCUAGAUGGCCAGCUGGAAUAUGGAGGCCAAGUUUGGAUUUUAGACGAUGUAUCGAGACUGAAGUGUUCUGUGGAAUGUACCACAGAUUCAUCUUGUCAAUCACUUUUCUACAAUAGCCAAAUAAGGAGAUGUGUCGCUCUGUCCAAACAACCGGAGGACUUUGACUCUCUCUCAAACGAGCCAGGGUACAGCUUCUACCACAACCGACCAGGAUACUGUGAGAGCACCUACUCCUAUCGGCACUCCAUUGAUCUCUGCUUCAAACUGUACAACGUUCCACGGACGCACGCAGACGCACAGGCGGCAUGCAACGUGGAUGGAGGUCAUCUCAUCCGAGUGGACACACAGGCCAAACAAGAUUAUAUCCGACAUGUACUUCAAACUCAUGCUUCGCCGUAUAUGUUUAUCGAGGCCACAGAUGAAGCUACAGAAGGUAUCUUCCUGUGGGGAGAUGGACGGACGGUCGCAUAUACAGACUGGUUUUCCACCGAACCUAACAACGAGGCUGGCAUAGAGAACUGCAUCAUGCUCGCUAACUCGAAUUACGAAUGGUAUGACACCCCGUGUGACGCGUUGAAGACAUACAUCUGCGAAAUAUCGGCCUAGCAGAUAAAACAAAUAUAGAAAGUAUAACAUAAAUACUUUAGCAUCAUUACAUAUUGUUUAGGAUAAUAUCAACAUAAUUAAACAAAAAAGAUAGCAUUGAUGUUCAAUUGAUAAUAUGGAUUUGUAUGCAGACCCGUGAAAAGUGUACAAUAAGACCAAGUGUUCCGGUAUAGUAAGCGCCUUGCUUCAUCGACGGCAACAGCUGUACAAAUCUAGGUCAAAUCCGUAUUAAGCAAUAUUCUCAAACCAAGAAUUUGGAUAGUGAUACCAAAAACAUUAAGCAUAACAGACAUCGAACGUGGCUCAAGUAACAUUCUAAAUGAAUUGUUUCCCAUCCAUUGUGAUCUACUAGUUAUUUUCCAUUGUUUCAUUCUACGACGGUAUACCGAUAUAUUUGUAUCGAUUCUGAGUUAGAAAUGCAGUUUCGUUUUUAUGUAAGUAUUUUCUGUUGUUUUUGACAGCUUAUUAGAAGGGAUGGGGUGUACUUUGUUUGAGGGAAGUUUAAUUUUUGAACCUAAAAUGCAUUUAAUAUUGCAUUACAUAUAUUGGUCUUGAACGUAACGUUUCACCUUUGUAAUCUGUACUGAAUUACAUAGUAAUAUAUUAAGAUCUAAGUUGUUUAUGUAUUGAGAUUUUAUAUGUAUUUGAAAGUCCAUGUAAUGUAUUGUAGUACCGCGAGUACUUACACAAUUGACGAAUGUAUACUUGUACAGUGAAAUGUGAAUUGGAAUACAAAUAAACGAAGCAAAAAAUGUUAUUUCUGUUUUUUAUUUUCAAAUCUCCUUCCACUUUACUUGUAGUAAAGUUACUGACACAACUUACACAAAGUACCAAACACCAGUUCAAAGUUAAAAUUUCCCCAAUUUUUUUAGGGAAUUCAUUAAGUUUGAAAUUUCCAGAAAACACUCAAUUAAUUGCUUUUUAAACUAAAACAAAAACAAAAUUUACGAUGAAAAAUAUGUUGAAAUUUCUUACUUUCAAAAAAUUGCAUAGAAUCAGUUGAGGUACUUCGUUUCCAUCAAAACGUUUCAUGGGCAAGAGAAAACAAAUAAUGAUCCCUACUUCCUUGUCAAUAUAAAUAUAACAUAUAUUUCAUCUCUGUGAACUCUACUAACAACUUAAUUAAGUACUGUAACAAUAGAUUGUAAUAUAUUAUUUAAUUACAUUUGAAAAAAAA